CCUUGAGACUUUUCUGAAGAUUCAGAAGCCCCAACAUGAUCACCACCAAAGGUUCUUGCUGGCUGCUGCUGCGUUUGGCCGUCCUCCUCGUGGUUGUGCUGGUGCAGUCCAGCGAAGGAGCAAGCUACCGGGAUUUUGAGCACAGACACAUUGAUUUUCCGAAAACCGGAGCAAACAACCCCAAUGCCUACUGCAACCUGAUGAUGGCUCGGAGAGGACUGACCAGGCCGGCCUGCAAACCCACCAACACCUUCAUCAACGGCAGCCCUCGUUCCGUCCAGGGAAUCUGUGGCAGUGGGGGAACUCACUACCGGGGCAAUUUGUAUACCAGCAAGAGCCGCUACCGUGUGGUCGUCUGCCGCAACACAGGGAGAUUCCCCAACUGUAAUUAUCGUGGCAGGGCACAGUCCAAGAAAGUCCGUGUGGGCUGCAGAAACAGACUGCCUGUUCACCUUGACAGACUGGUGUGAUGCAACCCACCGUUCAUUCACAGGAAGCAGAAGUCUGAGGACGUUCUGGCAACCGUUGAAUUUCCCUUUGCUUGCUGCUUUCUCUGCCGCUUUACUUUGAGGGCAUAUCCACACUGCAGGCUUAAAGUGGAUUAGCAAUAGUUCCUUCCUACCAGGGGCCCUGCGAAAUGUAGACCUGAGAGGAGGGGGCAGGGGUCACUAAUAAAUCUUUACAGAUGUCACUUCUUUGCUCAUUUGGUUCUUCUUCUUUGCUUUCUGCUUUUCCUGCAAUGUACCUCCACAGUGCAGGUUUAAACCUGAUUUAGCAAUAGUUCCUUCACCCAGGGGCCCCUGGGAACUGUAGGCCUGAGAAGCGGAACUAGGGGAAUUAAACUAUUCCUUACUCAGCCAGAUCUAUUUCUAUGUGCAGGGUUUGGCCAAAGGUGGAAAGAUGCCAAAAGAGGACAGGCACAACUUUGGCACUUUUAGUGGUUGGGUACUAAAAAGAAUAAUCACGGAAGGUGUGGCUCAUCACGAAAGCUAGAUCUGCUCAAAUUCCCUCAUCUACACAACUGUUCAAGUUGUAGGGCACCUGCCCUCUUUUGCCUCUGGUAACC